GUCGGUUGCUGAAGGAGAGGGAGCGAGCGAUGCUGCCGCCGCCGCUGCUUCCUGAUUGGCUUUGGGUGGCUAUCUCUUCGUUCUGAUUGGCAGCUAGUGAGCAGGACGAUGCUGAGCAAGGGUCUGAAGCGAAAACGGGAGGAGGAAGAGGAGGAGGAGAAGGAAUCUCUUGCAGUUGAUGCCUGGUGGCUGGAUCCCGGCCACCCAGCAGUGACACAGGCAUCCCCAGCUGUGACUUCUAGCUCCCUCUUUGACCUCUCGGUGCUCAAGCUCCACCACAGCCUGCGGCAGAGUGAGCCAGACCUGCGGCACCUGGUGCUAGUGGUAAAUACACUGCGGCGCAUCCAGGCAUCCAUGGCACCCACAGCUGCUCUGCCACCCGUGUCCAACCCUCCUGCAGCCCCCAGCAUGGCUGACAACCUGCUGGCAAGCUCGGACGCUGCCCUCUCAGCCUCCAUGGCCAGCCUCCUGGAGGACCUCAGCCAUAUUGAGGGCCUGAGCCAGGCCCCCCAACCCCUGGCAGAUGAGGGGCCACCAGGCCGCACUGUUGGGGGAACUCCACCUGGCCUGGGUGCCUUGGAUCUGCUGGGCCCAGCCACUGGCUGUCUGCUGGACGAUGGGCUCGAGGGCCUGUUUGAGGACAUUGAUACCUCCAUGUAUGAUAGUGAACUUUGGGCACCAACCUCUGAGGGCCUCAAACCCAGCCCUGAGGAGGAGCCAGGCAAGGAGGAAGCUCCAGAGCUGGAUGAGGCCGAGCUGGACUACCUCAUGGACGUGCUGGUGGGCACUCAGGCAUUGGAGCGGCCACCAGGACCGGGUCGCUGACCCCUAGGGCUAAGGUGGUUGUCUGGUAUCUGAAUUGAGCCUGGUGGCUAGACCAACUCUCCUUUCAGAGCCACAGCUGGCUUCCCUAAUACCAAAAAAAACAGGGCAUGGGUCACUUUGGAGGGAUAGAAUCCAGUUCUGGGCAACUUCACAUUCGUCCUCUUGUCUUGGGGCUAGCCGAGGUCUGAGAUUGGCCCCUAAUGAUGGAAUGAUGGGUCUGGUAGCUGGAAUGUGAUAGGCCCAGGUGAAGUACUGGACUGAAUCUCCUGGGGUCAUAGCCUGGGCUGUUCCUUCCCUGGUAUGGGAAGAGACCCCAAUCAAUUUUUUUCAAAUUAAAACCAGUCUUGGGAAACCUUAA